UUUUGGACUUUCCAAAAAUGCCCUCCAACCGUUCCACUCGUUCCCCUCCCAGAUCACCUCCUCUCGGCCACCUCUCCUCAACUUACCCGUCGUCGCCGGCCUCUCCUCUCCCCACCACCGCGUGCUUCCUCCCUUUCUUCCUACCACCGCCGCCACCCCGUUUUCUCCCAUGGCGUGCGCCAGAAAUCUAGCAUCCCAAGGUCAAAAGAUUAAAUUUUUAGGCGCCGACGAGGAGCUUCUGGGCGGCGGAGGCGCUGGAUCCGCGUGCGUCGACGCCGCCGACGAAGCGACAUGGAUCCGGGCGGGAUGCUGCUGGAGGACUUCGAGCGGGUGGACCUGACGCGCAUCCGCGAGGUGCUGGCCAACUACCAGGAGGGCACCACCGCGCUGCGCGAGCUCAUCCAAAACGCCGACGAUGCCGGGGCCUCGCGGGUCCGCGUCUGCCUCGACCUCCGCGCCCACGGCGCCUACUCGCUGCUCGCCCCGGCGCUCGCGCAGUGGCAGGGUCCCGCCCUGCUCGCGCACAACGACGCCGCCUUCACCGACGACGACUUUGCCAGCAUCUCCCGCAUCGGCGGCAGCAAGAAGACGGGACGCUUCGCCGACAGCAGAGGAGUAUCGGGAGAGGAGAUGAACCUGGGGCGAGCAAAAUUGAGUUCAGCACCAGCGCCGAGUACUCCAGCGGCAGUAGUGCCUGAGCACCCAGCUCGCCUACACCUCGGCACGGGCGAGGAAGAGCUCAGCACCAGCUCACCUCCACCUGGGCGGGGGCGAGGAAGAGCCCAACACCAUCUGGGGAGGAAGAUCCUGGGCGAGGGGAUCCUGGACGUGGGAGAGGAGGAGAUCCUGGGCGUGGGAGAGGAGGAGGACAUGCUGGUGCAGGGGGCGAAGGUGGGGGGCGGAGGUGGUGGAGGAUUCAAAAUUAGAGAGCAACGGGGAGCUUGAUGUAAUGGCCUUUCUGCUAACCCUCCCAGAGUAUCGUUGAACUACAUGGGCUAGUCCGGUGGCGGAUCGCCUUUGCCUCUGUGAAAUGUUUAGUGGUGAGCUUUUAUUGGCAUAAUGUUUCGACAAGCUCUUUUUAGUGCUGAGCUUUCACAUUGAGCUUCUUUGUAUGCCUAGCGUCGAGCGAGCUGUGCAGAUAUGCUAAACUCAUUCUGAAGUUUGUUUAGGAACGCAAACUCAAUGUAGUCAAAUUUCAUUUCA